AUGGCGUUGGAGAUCGGCGCAGCGGUGCUUCGUGCCGCUGUGCCCUCUCUUGGGAAGCUGCUCAUGUACGAGUGGGGCCUGGACAAGGCUGUGAAGAACGGGCUGAGGAACCUCGAGGGCGAGCUGAUGAGCAUGCACGCUUUUCUUGGGGAUGUCUCCGGCAUCCCGCCGGACCAUCUUGAAUCCCAGGAGAAGAUCCGGGCCGGCCAGGUCAGGAAGCUGUCUCAUGCCAUCGAGACACGCCUCCACUCCUUCAUGGCUUGCAUGGAGUCGAUCAAGACCAAGGCCACCCUUGUUUCUGCACCGAGCAAGCUGAUUAUUAACCAUCAGAUGGACAACUACAUCAAGGAAACACUUAUCGAGGUUAAGAGGCUGCGUCACCAGCAUGGUACGUAUCCUUCUAAGAGUGCCCUGGAAAGUACUUCCACACACAGAGAAGGCACUCGUAUGUUUGCCAUGGACAUCAGGGAGUCUAACCCUGUUGGCUUAGACGGCGGAAUCGCCGACCUAACCAAGAUGCUGUCCAAGGGCGACCAUGUCUCCAUUGUCGGGAUGGGGGGCAUGGGCAAGACCACUCUUGCUCGAGCACUUUAUGACAAGAUGAAAGAGGAUUUUGAUUGUGCAGCUUUUGUUCCCAUCGGCGUGAGAGUUGACACGAAGAAGAUUCUGACCAACAUCUUCGAUGAACUUCACAAAGAGAUUUAUGGUCACGAACCAGACCAGCGCCAGCUAACCAAUCAGCUGCAAGAUUUCCUCGUGGAUAAGAGGUGUUUAAUUGUCAUCGAUGAUCUAUGGGAUGAGGUAACAUGGAACCUUGUUGAAGGUAUUUUUAAGAGUAGUGCUGGAAGUAAAAUCAUCACCACAACUCGUAACCUGAAAGUUGCUGAAGAAGUUGGUGGUGUUUACCAGAUAGAACCAUUAUGCCAUGAGGACUCAAAAAAGUUACUCUGUGCUAAAGUUGGGGUUGAAAGCCAUGAUACCGAAUUUGACAUAGUGUCAGAUAAAAUUUUGCGUAAAUGUGGUGGAGUGCCAAUAGCUAUCGCUAUGAUAGGUAGCUUGCUUUCUAAGAGUAAAAGCAAGGAGUGGCAUAGGGAGUAUGAGUCAAUUGGUUUUGAUGAGCACAAGGAGGAUGGGGCUUUCGAGCACGUAAGGAAGGUGUUGUCUUAUAGCUAUUAUGCUCUACCCGCCUAUGAUAUCAAGAAAUGCUUUCUUUACCUAAGCCUGUUCCCGGAAGACCACUGGAUCGAGAAGAAUAUGUUGAUAUGGAGGUGGGUGGCAGAGGGCCUUGUUCCUGAUGGGUCAUUUGGGACUGGUGAGAAGUAUUUCAUCGAGCUACUAGAUAGGUGCAUGAUCCAGUGGGCGGUGAGCCCUCGUGACGUGGGCCAAGGGGGUUGUCGGGUUCACAGUUUGAUGCUUGACCUCAUCCGUGACCUUUCAAGUGGUGAGAAAGAGAAUUUCUCCACUGUGCUCGGCAUGAAGCAGGAGAGCCCAUCUCAAACCAUACAUAGAUUAGCCAUCCACCAGGGCCAAGACCAAAACACUAGCCAGGAACUGGAACUGCAAGUCGGGGAGGUGCUGUCAUUUUAUGCCAGCACGUGUACCGGUAGUAGCUUUCCGGCACUGCGGAAGUUGAAGCGCGUGCGAGUAAUAGAUCUGGAGGGCUGUGAUUUAUCCUCCGGAGAUUGCAAACUGAUGCACCUCGGCAAGUUGGAUGGGCUGGAGUACAUUGGGCUUGUGGGCACGCCUGUAGCUGAGCUCCCCAAGAAGAUAGGACGCCUCAAGCUCAUACAGACCCUCGACGUGAGGGCGACCGGCAUGAAAGUGCUACCGGUGUUCGUCGAGGAUCUAAAGAAGCUGAGGUGCCUGCGUGCUGGCAAGGGCACGAGGAUGAUGGGCCGGAUAGGGGAGCUGACGUCCCUGGAAGAGCUGUGGCUGCACUCGGUGGACGAGUCCCCGGACUUCGCUAUGGAACUCCAGAAGCUGAAGAAGAUGAGAGUGCUGGUAAUCCAUUUCGAUGGGAUGGACAACGGCAUGCAAGAGGUGCUAGUGGUGUCUCUGCAUGAACUAAAGAGCCUUCAGGCCCUGCAGGUCUGGUCUGAUGCAGAUGAUAAGUUCCGCCUGGACUGCUGGGAAGGCAGCGUGCCCUCCCCGCAGCUCCGCCAGCUGCUGCUGUUCGGGAUCAUCCUACCCAGGCCGAUGCCGUGGAUCCACAAAUCGUGUGUCCCCAAACUCUCCAAACUGUUGCUGCAGGUGGAGAUGUUGAGGACGGAGGACUUCAAGAUCCUCGGGCAAAUGCCGUCGCUCCGCUCCCUCUACCUGCACAGCGAGGACAACAGCCUGUCCUACAUCGCCGAAGAGGACGAGUUCCCUGAGUUGGGAUACAUCAACACGAACAUAGAGCUGAUAUGUGGAAAAGGUGGGCUGCCAAAGAUCCAGGAGCUUGAGAUUGGUGGCAUCAGGGUAGGCAUGGACGUUGGUCUGCAGGGGAACAUGCCUCUGCUCGAGAGGGCAACCUACCACCUCGACUGCUUGAACUGCGGCCCCGUGGAGGUGCAGAAGGCAGAGGAAGAGCUAAAGCGGGCGAGCCAAGCCCACCCCAAUCGCCCCUCCAUCACCAUCAGGAGAUGGAACAACGUACGUUCUUGCAACUUGCAUCGCUCAUCUUCCUAUAAAUAA